AGAGCAACCAUAUAAAAACACACUCUUUCAAAGGUUUCUGUCACUGAGGAAACAUGGGUCUAAAACGUGAACAUCAAAAGCUGAAGGAAAGGAAGCUCAAAGCUCCGUCCUCUAUCAUGGCGACCAGACAGACAGCCGUGUUUCUGGUGGUGGUGGUCCUCUCCCUGCCAGGUCUCACCAACUGCUUCCUACCAAUCAACUCUGUUGAUGAGCUAUCUAGCACUCAUCGUGGCAUCACUCAAAAGGCAAUCCUCAGAAAGACAGCUGAGGUUUGCCGAGACAUCGCUGCCACUGAAGGACGGGACUUCAGCUUGAAGAUUGAUGACAACCUGUCAGUUACUCGGGUGCAAAGGGCCUGCUCCUCCACAUCCAAAUCUGCAUCUCCAAUCUCUACUGACAUGUUUCAAACUGCCAUUAACAGCAUGAGCAAGAGCAAUGCAGAUGUGGACAGGUCAUUACCACUGGAAGCGGAGUACCAUUUUGACAAUGAGGCCUUCCAGGGAGGACGGACAAUCAUCACAGAAGGCCUGUUCUCUGUGAAGGCUAAUAUGAGGCAGAGGAACUUUGCGGCUGCUCGGCAGACUCUUGGACGAAUCUGUCACACCCUUCAGGACUUCUACAGCCACAGUAACUGGGUGGAGCUGGGGAAAACUACUCCUUACAGCAUUCUGAUCAGACCAGAUGAACCUCUGGAGAACUUGGCAGGUCCAGAUAUUCCCACCUGCAAGAGCUGUACAGGAGCGACGAUGUGUGCUGACAACAUUUUGCCUGAAGUGCUAAGUCGGGGCUUUAUCACUUCAGGCUACUUUGACAUCUUCUCUUCAGUAAAACCUGCAGGUAAAUGCAGCCACGGUGGUCAGGCUGACAAGACAAGCACAGUGGACCCAGUGGGGGGAAUCAAUAAGGAUGGUGUAGAGUCUGGUCAUGGCUCAUUUCACGACAGAGCAGCUAACCUGGCAGUGGAUGCCACUAUGGAGCUACUGGAGGACAUCAGAGUAGCUGCUGGAGACAGGAACUUCCUGCAAUUGAUGGCUCUCUCCCAGGCCCCUGCAUUGUGUUUUGUCAUUGACACUACUGGCAGCAUGAGGGAUGACAUAGAAAGCGCAAAGGCAGUGUCUUUUAACAUUAUUGAUAUAAGGAGAGAAACACAACAGGAGCCCUCUGAAUACAUACUGGUACCGUUCAAUGACCCAGAUUUUGGACCUGUAAUAAGGACAACUGAUGCAGACACCUUCAAAGUCAUCAUCAACAGCCUCACUGCAAACGGAGGAGGAGACAACCCAGAAAUGAGUUUGUCUGGACUGCAACUUGCCCUGACAGCAGCUCCACCCUCCUCUGACAUCUUUGUCUUCACUGAUGCUCCAGCCAAAGAUGUUCACCUGAAAGACACAGUCACUGCUCUUAUAGAGACAACCAACUCUGAGGUAAACUUCAUGUUGACAGAUGUCCUUUCCAGACGACGAAGGGAUUCUCAGGGUUUGGCAUCACGAGUGCUAAACGUAGGACAAACCCAGCUAUAUCGAGACUUAGCCCAAACCUCUGGAGGACAGGCCAUCGAAGUCCCCAAGUCAGGCCUCCCUCUGGCCACUGCAGUUAUAGAAGAUUUAACAGUCAGUGCUGUGGUGACAGUUUUCCAAGCAGUAAUUAAUCCUGGACGACCAGAAAAUUUGGCUUUUACUGUUGAUGCAUUAAUAAACAACAUGAUCAUUUAUGUCACAGGAGCCCCAUCUCUCACCUUCACACUGACCAGCUCCACGGGAUUAUCUCAGACGUCAAGUCAGUUCAAUGGUCCUCUUGCAAACUUUACCACAGUGGGAAACUUGCGCCGGAUAGUUCUCAUCACUGGCAAUCAAACAGGAUUGUGGAACAUAAGCAUUAACUCUAAUACUGCCUACACCGUUAAGGUCACAGGUCAAAGUUCCGUGAACUUCAUUUAUGACCUUGUGGAUGUACAGGAGGGAGGUCACAGUGGUGUCGUUCCAAAGGAAGGUCGACCUAUUGCAGGUGCUAAUGUCACUCUCUUGGUCACUGUGACAGGAAGUGACAACGUGACAGUCACAGAGGUCACUCUGUUCAACAGCUCAGGGCUAACAGAGAUCAGUGGAUCAAUACAGUCAUUUGGAAACAAUGACUUCCUGGUAAGAUUCAUUGCAGUCCCAGCAGGGGAAUUUGCAGUUCGCCUGACAGGACAAGACACCAGCUCCACCUCCAGGUCCACAUCGAACACCUUCCAGAGACAAGCAUCCACACAAAUCAAGACAUCCAGUCUCUCUGUUACUGCUCAAGCUGACAUCAACAUAGAACCAGGUUCUACCGCCUCCAUCCCUUUUAUAGUAUCUUCAGACACAAAUGGGACAUUCACAGUGCGAGUCAACAAUGAUCGCAGUUAUAAUACAACUUCACCCAGCUCUGUUGCUAUUGGAACAUCCAGUGGGGGUAAAGCCAAUGGCACCGUAACCUUAACCCCCCCAGCAAGCACAGUUUCAGGAACAGAUGUGACUCUUACCAUUGAGGUGCAAAAUGCCGCUACCACUGAAAUCAACUAUGCUGUCCUCAGAUUUUCUGUGUCUGCCAGGGUGACAGAUUUGUCCGGUCCAGUGUGCCAGGAAACCAAUGUAUCAGGUGACUGUAGCUCUUCCUCAUCACCCUGUGCAAUCUCUUUUUGGAACUUCUCAGCUGUUUUCACCGAUGGCAUCAAUGGGACUGGCAUUGCAAGCAUUACCCUCCGCCAAGGGAACGGUACUCUUGACACCAGAACAGGGACUGGAGCUGGAGGUGAGAACAUCACAGUGGUCACUUACAAUAGUUCCUGCUGUUCACCAAAUGUGGAGCUGGCUGCUGUGGACAGAGUAGGAAAUGUGGGAACAUGUGGAGGACGGGCUACAGCAGCACCUACGAAUACAACAACCCCCAUAACUACAGUUCCUCCUGUAACCACAGUUACCCACAUGACGACAACUCCUACUAUAACUGUUGUUGCAACAUCUACUGCAGGGCACACACUGAGCAUGUCACACUGUGUCUGGAUCAGUGUUGUGGUUUCUUUCAUUUGGAAGUGAUGAUGUGAACAGAAAUUACACUGUAUAUUUAUCAAGCACCUUAUGACAUUUUUUUUAAAAUCACCAUUUAUUUUACAAAACAGAUUUGGAAGUAAAGUCACCAUCAUGUGUAUCUCUUAAUUUCUUGUUGAUGGAAAGUGAUAAGGUAGUCAGGUUAAUGUGGGUAUUUCCCUAGGAAAUAGCUUUAAGAAAACUCAUACUGAAUUCUGUGGAAAAUUCAUCAAUCAUCUCUCUUAAAAAUCUAUAGUCAACGUCUUUUCCAUGAGAGGAAGUGUUUUGUGCCUAUCUUGUCCACUUAAAUUAGCAAUGUCUUAGUUUCUAAGAAUGUAUUUCAACAAGCAACCUGGAAAUGUAAUACCGACUCUGUAUGUAGUUAAACAAGAACAUAAUGGUAACAUCAUGAGAACAGCAGAGCAGGAGUUGCUCCAUGUUAGGAAAAGAGUGCUAAAUUAUUAUUAGGUCUUUGUACUUUACUUGGGUAUUUUUGAUUUUCAUUUUAUUUUGUAUUUAAUUUUCCUUUUUGAAAUUAUCAUUUACCAAUCAGUUAUAGAGAUGUGAAUUUGCUGUAACAGAUUCUGAUUUUACAUGUAAACCGUAUUAUCAGCAUGUAAAAUAUGAUGUCUGUGAAAGGAUAAGCUGCCUAAUUUCUUAUUCAACAAUGUAUCAGUAAUAAAAGCCCAGUGCAUGUUACACUCUACAGGGCUACGUUACCACUGGGUUACUACUUAUAUUUUAUACUUUGAGGGCUGUUGCUAAUACGUUUGACCUUCUCUUUACAUAUACUUUAGUGCAGACUUCUUAAUCUACAAAAAUCAGAAAAACAUACAAAGAUAAUAGAGGUAUUUUACAGUAAAAUGGCCUGUUUAUUUUGAUUUCUUUUGGGUGGAUGACCAUGAAAAACUUGAGCUAUGUUUUAGAAGGGGAACCUUUUUCAUGGCAGAAUUUCUUUGCUGGAUCUGGGAUAAAAGGCAACAUAUUUUGUUUGAGAACUGAGUUGCAGAAUAAUGUGUGUUUUGGAUGUAUUGCUUCAAUGCUGGUAUAUUGGUAUCUUGUAAACCCAUGAGGGUUGGGCACGCUUCUGUGUAUGAUGCGAAAAUAAAGAAAUCAAUCAAUCAACCAAUCAAUUUGAAUAAAGGUCUCCAGAAAUGCA